AAAUAAGGAAAACACAACGUAGAAAAAGAGAAGCUUGCAGGAGCACAGAACAACUACCUGUAACCCAAAAGAUAAAAAAGAACUACUCUAUCCAUAGAUCUGAGGCUUUCACGGGUUAUCAACUGUUUGCUCAUCUAUUUAGACAAAACCCAAAUUAAAGCGCAUUAUCAAUUCUGUUCUUUUAAUUAGCUUCAAUGUUGAAACUCUUAGAAAGCCUCAAACUUUUUCGAGUAAAGAAAAGAAAGUGAACUACAAGACAGAAACCCACCAGUCUGUCGGUGUAUUUGGUGGGCAUCAGGUGCUGGAAGUCGAGUUCAGUGAGAAAAAUGCUAUCUUUUUUGUUUCUUUAACUACUUUCUUGUUCGGAGCUGAGCCAUUUGAAGAAUUUGGUUGAUUGUUGGAUGGGUUUGUGGUGAUUGAGCGGAAAAUCCAAGAAAGAAAGAAUGGAACCUCCAAGGGGUUUCUGGGCUUCUCUCUGGAACUUCAUCUUUUUCUUGCCUUUCUUCAUUGGCCUUCUUAUUCUUGGCUUCAUUAAAGGUAUCAUUAUGUUCCCGGUGAUAUUUCUGAUAAUAACUGUCGCAAUUUCAGUGAUAAUAUUGGGUCUUUGGCCUAUACACUGCUUCUAUACGUAUUACUGCAUUUUGAGCACAAAACAAUUUGGUCCAGCUUUGAAGCUCAUUCUUAGCAUUUGUAUUGCUGCCGUCUUAAUCUCAUGGCCCCCCAUUGGAAUUGCAUGUAGCCUUCUGUUUGGGGCAGCAUAUGGCUUGCUUGCACCAAUAUUUGCUACUUUUCAGGCAGUCAAUGAAGGGAAGACUAACAAAUUCUAUCACUGCAUUUGCGAUGGAACUUGGAGCGCUAUCAAAGGGAGCUUCACUAUUAUUAGGGAUGUUUUGGAUGUUUGUUACCAUUCUUACUUCUCAAUUAUGGAUGAUAUAAGGCGUCAAGGGCCUCCUGAAGGAAAAUAUUACGAAAUUCGAUUGUUAUAUGUUCCACUUGCCCUUAUUGCUGGGAUUUUGGGUUCAAUCGUUGACCUUCCUGUGAUCUCAGUUAUUGCACUGUGUAAGAGCCCCUAUAUGCUAUUCAAGGGGUGGCAUCGCUUGUUUCAUGAUUGUAUUGGCCGUGAAGGGCCCUUCUUGGAGACCAUAUGCGUGCCAUUUGCUGGAUUUGCUAUUUUACUCUGGCCAUUGGCCGUUGUGGGAGCAGUUUUGGGCUCCAUUGUAUCAAGUAUCUUCUUGGGAGCUUAUGCAGCUGUGAUUGUCUAUCAGGAGAGCUCUUUCUGGUUUGGACUUUGUUAUAUUAUUGCCUCUUUGUCUAUAUACGACGAAUAUAGCAAUGAUGUUCUUGACCUGCCUGAAGGAUCCUGCUAUCCCAGGCCACGUUACAGAAAGAAGGCCCCUUCACGAACUACCUCUCGUUCCAUUUCUUUCUCGAGGCCCAGCUCUUUCAAAAAUCCACCCGCUCGUACGAGUUCUCUCAACGCGCCUAUGCUUGAGUUGAAACCCCUGGAGUUAGCUGAUGCGUUGUUCAAGGAGUGCCAGCGGCAUGGGGAAGUUAUGGCUUUGGAAGGGAUAAUAACACUAAAAGAUAUUGAAGAUGCCAAGAGUAAAAGAGACAGAGGCAGAGUGAUAAGCGUAGGUUUGCCUGCUUAUUGCCUUCUUCAGACACUUUUGCGCUCGACUAAAGCCAAUUCUACUGGCAUAUUGCUAGGCGACAAUGUUACUGAAAUAACCUCUUCGAAUAGGCCUAAAGAUACGUUCUUUGAUUGGUUUCUGAAUCCACUCUUGAUCAUUAAAGACCAGAUUAAAGCUAGCAACCUCUCUGAGGCGGAAGAGCAAUACCUCGGCAAGUUAGUUUUAUUGAGUGGCGAUCCUGCGAGAUUGAAGAACUCAAAUAUUGGCCCGGAACCUGAAUCUGAGCUUAGACGAGCCGAGCUUGAUGCUUUAGCUCGAAGACUUCAAGGGAUCACUAAAUCAAUAUCAAGAUAUCCAACAUUUAGACGCCGUUUUGAGAGUAGUAUGAAAAACAUCUUGGAAGAGCUUGCCAAGAAGAAUGGUGGUGGCGAGAAAUCUGGCAGCACUGAACCUCAAACAGUGCCGAGAUCAAAAAGCAUGUUUGCCCGUAUCUUCAGCCAGAAGUCUUUUAAAAGCAGAACAAAUGGUGAAGGUCCUGAUCAGAAGGGUGAAACGUGUGAAAGAGACGUCGAAAUCGCAUAAACAGGCGCAGUAUCAGUUUAAUUUGCAGUUGUAUUGUUUGCAGCUUAUGACUCAUAUAGCCUCUGCAGAGCUCACAUCAGUUAAUUUGCUGAAUAGUCCUAGAUAUGCAUAGGUGUUCCCCCCUUUUCCCCUCUUUCCAUUAGGUUCUCAUGGAUCUUUCCUUCCAAAUAUUGUAUAACCUCCCUGUUAUUUGUAUUGCAAAAGCCAUAAACGUGUUGUAAGAAGUUUUGACUCUGUUUUGAAUUUGAUUUUCUUUUCUGUUCU